AUGUCUGAAAUUAAAUUUAAUCAUAAUAGUUUAUCAAAUAAAACUUUAUCUGAACCUUAUAAUCAUCUGGAACUCAAGCCAGAGCCACCAAUUUUGGAUUCAAUUCUCGAUCAUAUCGGUAACACCCCACUAGUGAGAAUAAAUAAAAUUACUAAAGCAGAAGGAAUCGAAUGCGAAAUUUUGGCAAAAUGUGAAUUCUUUAAUGCCGGAGGUUCAGUUAAAGACAGAAUUGCUAAGCGUAUGAUUGAGGAAGCUGAAAAGGUAGGCAUCCUAAAACCUGGAUCUACCAUUAUCGAACCAACUUCUGGAAAUACUGGAAUUGGACUUGCUUUAACUGCUGCUAUAAAAGGUUAUCGUUCAAUCAUCACUCUUCCUGAAAAGAUGAGUCAAGAAAAAGUUGACGUUCUUAAAGCUUUAGGUGCAGAAAUUAUUCGUACACCUACAGAAGCAGCAUGGGAUUCACCAGAAUCUCAUAUUGGGAUUGCUAAUCGUCUUCGUAAUGAAAUUCCAAAUUCUGUAAUUCUGGAUCAAUAUAGUAAUCCUUAUAAUCCCAUUGCUCAUUAUGAUCACACAGCUGAAGAAAUAUUAAGAGCAUGUAACGGAAAAUUAGAUUUAUUUGUGGCAGGUGCUGGCACUGGUGGAACUAUCUCGGGUAUUUCUAAAAAAAUAAAGGAAAAAUGUCCUACUUGUAAAAUUAUAGGUGUGGAUCCCAUUGGUUCAAUUCUUGCUGAAAAUGAUCCUAGUGCACCAGUUUCUAGUUAUUUGGUUGAAGGCAUUGGCUAUGACUUUAUUCCUUCUGUUCUUGAUGUUAGUGACGUUGACGAUUGGAUCAAGACAAAUGAUAAAGAUUCAUUUACUUAUGCUCGUAGACUUAUUCGUGAGGAGGGACUUUUAGUUGGUGGCUCGUCUGGUUCUGCAAUGUGUGCAGCAAUUCAAGCAUGUAAAUCUCUUAAAAAAGGUCAACGUUGUGUUGUUUUAUUUGCAGAUUCAGUUCGAAAUUAUAUGACAAAGUUUUUAAAUGAUGAUUGGAUGAAGUCUCAUGGAUUUAUUGAUAAUUUUGUCAAACAAGAGGAGGAAAAUAAAAUUCAAAAAUAUGGUGGUGCUACAAUUCGUGAUCUUGAUCUUAAAGUCGCUAUCACUAUUGAUGCAGAAUCUACUUGUAGGGAAGCAAUCGAAGUUUUAAAAAGUCAAGGAUUUAAUCAAUUACCAGUUAUAGAUCAUCAUAAAUUUGUAGGAUUAGUUAAUCUAGGAAAUUUAUUAGCAAGUAUAUCUAGAAGAGGAAAAUCGGGUGAAUCCCCAGUUAAGGAAGUUAUGUUGAGAUUUGAUAGAUUAGGAAAGAAUUUUGAAGAAAUUACUAUAGAUACUCCUUUAGAAAAAUUAACAAAAUUUUUUGAAAAUCAUAGUGCAGCAAUUAUUACUGAGCGAGGAGCAAAUGGAGAAUUUAUACCCAAACACGUGGUAACUAAAUUAGAUUUGUUAUCUUAUUUGAUUAAAAAUCAAUAA